AUGACAGCCGGCAGCCGGCCCUCCCCCCGCACCAGCGCACCCCGGAGCCUGCGGCUCAGCCUCCUGCCGCGGAGCUGGAAGGCAGCGAGGAGGGGCAGGAUCCCAGCCCCAUCUCCCCUGCUCAGGAAGCAAGCAGCGUCCUGUGGCCUCCUUUCCCCAGGCGCUGCCGGUGCCGCCGCCGGGCGCCGGCUGACUCACGGCACGCCCGGUGCCGCUGCCUCGGCGCUGCCUGCCGGCGCGGCAGACGAUCAGCUCCUCAUCCAGCCCGGCUUCGCUCCUCAUCCAGCCCGGCUUCAGCAGGCUGGGAGGGCUGCCGGCCCGCGGGCACGCCGCUCCCCCGAGCUCCUGCGGGCAGCAACAUCUCCAGAGAGGAGCCCCCCGCUUGCCCCCUCUCCGGCCCCGGGGGGCACCCUGCCCGCGGUGCCCGCCCUGCCCGCGGCGCCCGUCCUGCCCGCGGUGCCCGCCCUGCCCGCGGUGCCAGCCCUGCCCGCGGUGCCCGCCCUGCCCGCGGCGCCCGUCCUGCCCGCGGUGCCAGCCCUGCCCGCGGUGCCCGCCCUGCCCGCGGUGCCCGUCCUGCCCGCGGUGCCAGCCCUGCCCGCGGUGCCCGCCCUGCCCGCGGUGCCAGCCCUGCCCGCGGUGCCCGCCCUGCCCGCGGUGCCCGCCCUGCCCGCGGCGCCCGCCCUGCCCGCCCUGCCCGCGGUGCCCGUCCUGCCCGCGGUGCCCGCCCUGCCCGCGGUGCCCGCCCUGCCCGCGGUGCCCGCGGUGCCAGCCCUGCCCGUCCUGCCCGCGGUGCCCGUCCUGCCCGCGGCGCCCGCCCUGCCCGUCCUGCCCGCGGUGCCCGCCCUGCCCGUCCUGCCCGCGGUGCCCGCAGCACUCACGGUCCAGCUGCUCCCCGCGGCGGCUCCGGGCGGGCUGCUGCUGUCAUUCACAGGCUGGGGCACGCUGCUGCUCCAUGUGCCGGGCUGCCCCCCCGGCACCCCCGCGCGGCACGCACGCCCACGGGCACACACGGCACCCACCGAUGCACACCCGGGGCAGUGCCCGCGCAGGCACGGGGGCGCGCACGGCAGCGGGCUCAGGCGGGGGCUGCUCGCACCCACCCACGGGCUCGCUGCGGCGGGCAGGCGGCAGCAGCGGCAGCAGCAGCGGGUCCCGCGGGCGGGCACGGCGCAGAGGCGGCUCCGCAGCGGGUCCCGCACACCCGCACAGGCGCAGAGCCCCCUGCAGCCGCGCACGCAGCGCAGGGGGGCAGCCGGCGGCGGGCAUGGGCUGUGCCCCGGCUCGCUGCCACCUGCCCCGCGCGGCCCCGCACACCGCCGUGGGGUGCGGUGCGCCACGCCCCCGGCACCAUCCAGCCCACCCCUGCACCAUCCAGCCCAGCUCCGCACCGUCCGGCAUCAACGAACCCGGCCCCAGCACCGUUCGGGUCAUUCCCAGCAUCACCGAGCACGGCCCCAGCAUCACCGAGCCCACUCCCAGCAUCACCGAGCCCCUUUCCAGCACCGUCCAUCCCCGCGCCCCGCACCGUCCAUCCCCACGCCCCGCACCGUCCAUCCCCGCGCCCCGCACCGUCCAGCCAGUCCGGGCUCCACGCCGCGCCGCCGGUCUCCUCCUGCCUCGCCGGGGUGGCCGCUGCGGUCCCCAGCCCCGCAGCCGGCUCGGUCGGGCCGAGCCCAGCGCGGCUCCCGGGAGCGGCCGUGGCAGACCUCCCACCCGCCGCCACCCCUCGCCCCCGGCCCGCCCGCUCACCUCGAUCCGCGGCGGCGGGAGGCGGUGCCCGGCCCGCAGCGGUCCGGCGGCGGCAGGGCAGCGCCCGCUCCUCGCAGCGCCCCGGCGGCGGCGGCGGGCUCGGCGGGGGGCCCGGCUCGGCUCGGCCCGGCCCGGCCCGGCCCCGGCCGCUGGCCGGCCGCCGCUGCCCCCCUGCCCGCGGCGCGGUGCGGCCGCCUCGCCCCUAUGCGGAGGCUCCAGCAGCACCGAGGCGAUGCCCAUUCAUUCAGCUUGGCCCCCGCAGCCCUCCCCUUCCGCCCCGCGCUGCCCGCCGCCGGGCUGGAGCUGGCUGGUGAUGCUGCAGCGGGGCUGUGCACCUGGCCCCACACCUACCCACGGAGCCCUCCCAGCUCUGCCAUCCACAGACGGGGCUCCUCCUGGCACAGCCAGGACCCCCUGCAGGGGCAGCGGGGUCCAUGA